AUGGCUCUGCAUAGUUUCGAGUCAGUCGACAAUGGGAUUUUCCAGGAGCAUAUCCCAUCACCCAGAGAUUUCAACUCAGCCGCCCAGAAUGCAACGCAAGCAAAUUUCCCAAGUCAUGAGAGCAACCAGAAGGCUUUCUCGCCCGAUGGGAUUGUCUAUAGUGAUAUAGUCUCUACACCAGGAUCUGGAUUCACAGAUCAUGACGAAAAGGCGAUGACCGAGGCAUAUUACCAGAGCAUGCAAGACGAAAUAUCCAAGUCGAGUUCAUAUGCCCUUCCAUCACGGAAGCUACUAUGUGGUUUCAUUAAACGAUAUUUCCGGAGCUUUCAUCGCCACCAGCCAUUCCUCCAUGAGCCAACCUGGUCUCCCAAUGAAUCUCCUUUCGCUCUGGUGCUCGCGAUCUGUGCAAAUGGAGCUGUAUACAAUCUGGAGUAUUGCAUAAGCCAGGAUCUUUAUGCCCAAGCUAUCAAGCUUUUCCCUUCGGGAAACUCUGGCCUCACUGCGCUGCAAACAAUGAUGCCCUUAAUAGCAUAUGCUGCAUGGGCCGGAGAGCGUGACGACCUCUGCUUGGAGUUUCCUCUAUAUAGUAGGAUUUGUCUCACUCUAGGUCGUGAAUGGAGUCUUUGUGGGAGAUUGACAUCCACCGAGGAGCCUACUUGGAAGGAUUGGCGUGAAAUGGAAGCACUGAGAAGAGUAACGUAUUGCAUACUAACUGUUCUGAAUCUCAUUGCAAUUGCAUACGACUUGAUGCCACCUAUCAAGAUUGAAGAACAGUAUGGGAUGCCAUCAUCCGAGGCGCUCUGGACCGCGGCCUCAGAACAAGAAUGGAAUCAACUAUUUAAGUCCUUUCCCCAAAAGCCCUGGAAAUCAACAGAAGAUCUUUUCAAGACAUUAUCCGACCCUUAUCUCCCUAUUCCUUCAGACAUUGGCCCCUUCGGGUGUCACGUUGUCAUCUUACACAUAUUGCAAAAGGCUUGCUUCUUGCAGAAAUUAUCAACCAGCUUUGACGAUCACACCGAAUAUCGGCUCCAGAUUUUCACAGCUCUCGAACGCUGGAAGAUAAUGUGGGAGAAUGAACCGGAAGCCUCUCGUUCGUUCGAUUUCCAGGCCAGCCCAAUCCUAUUCAAUUGUACAGCUUUGUUCCGGCUCACGCAUGUUCGCCUGUCCACGGAUUUCUGCGAAGUUCGUAAAUACUUUACAUUCUGUUCCGAAGAGCAGAUAGUAUCACGAAUUAAAUCAGCCGGGCAUCCACUUAGAUCAGAUCAAAUCACAACAGCAGCAUUUCAGGCUUGCCAAUCUCUCCACAUCCCUUCACAAAUGGGGUUCAGGCUUGUAUCGAAGACAAAGUUCUGGGUAUGGAGCGUUCAACAUGCACUCAGCUAUUUCGAAUGUGCUCUCUUCCUAUCCAAAUGGCUUCAGACAGUGAAGGACGCAACUGAAGUCUCAAGCAAAGAGAGAGAGGUUGUGAGCAUGGUUCAGCAAAUGCUCGCAGAGUCAUCUUCACACCCAACUACCCAGACCUCUGCGCCUCCAAACUAUAUUAUGAUUCUAUAUCGAUUCGCUGAGCUGAUCGAUACUGGAGAAACUACGGUAUGGAAAAUAGUACCACGAAUGGCGCGUGUUUUAAGAUCAUAUGCGGAAACUCUUUCAGAAAUGCAUCAGACUCAAUAG